AUGGAUCCUAAACUUUCCGCAAAUGCUGCACAGGGCAUGAACAUCAACCCACAGCAGAAUCCACAAACUCCUAAUAUGAUGAUGUCAUUUCAGCAGCAGCAACAACAUCCUCAACCUGAAAUGCAACAAUUUAAUCCGCUUAACGGUUUGAACAAUAUGGCCUUUAAUACAGCUAAUAUGGCCAAUUUGAAUUACGUUCAACCGGAUUUCAGCAAUCUUGAUCCGAAUGAUUUGAACAUGAACGCUUUCAUACAAAACAAUCCCAAUUUUGGCGGCAAUAUGAAUAUGAACUUACUUCAACAGCAAGCACUACAACAACAACAACAGCAACAACAACAUUUACGUCAACCAUCACAUCCUCAGUCUGUAUAUUCACCACAAAAUUUGAUGGGGCUUCAAGGAAAUAGUCCAGCAAUGCACGCUCAGUAUCAGAAUAGAGGUCUCUAUCAAAACAAUGGAAGCAUAAUGGCCGGUUCACCUCAAGCACUUAUGUUUCAACAGCAACAAGCGGCUGCUAUGGCUAUGGCCAGAGCCAAACAAUCACCAAGCCAGUCACCGGCCAUGAGCGGCAAUAUCCCCAACAAUGUUAUAAGUUCACCCUCUGUAAACAAUAGCCCUCAUAUUGCAGGUGCUAGAGUCGGACAGGAAUAUGCAGUUUUUCCAAUGAAUCCAAAUGUAAAUUCUCCAGCGCAAAGCUUUCAACAUACUAAUGGUAUUUCGCCCUCGCCUCAAAUGACGCGUGUUAUACCUUCCCAGGCGAAUAAUCAAUUCAUGCAACAGCAACAAAAUUUUCUUCAGCAACAGCAACACCGUCAACAACAAGUGCCACAAAAACAUCCUACUUCUGUUGCCGGCUCACCUUCACUAAAUAGCAAUCCACCUUCUACAUCGUAUAAUUCACCACAAUUACAGCAGCAACAAGCACACCAACAGUCACCGAUUCCCCGCCAAUCAGCUACACCCGCUAGUAAUCAUUCUACUCCACAUCAACAGCACCGGCAAAUCGAUAAUGCCAUAGGGACGCCUCAAAUGAGCCCAGGGCGUAAUCGACAGCAGCAAGCUCCUACACCUAUGACUCCAAUGGCCAAACCGACGACUGCCAGUUAUUCUCCAUCAUCCACACAACAACCACAAUCUCCUAAUGUACCUUCAGAGACCUCUGCAUCACCUAACCGUGCAAAUCAACAAAAUCAAUUAGAUAGCAACCAUCAGUCACAGCAGCAACAACGACAACCCUUAGCAAAUAUGCAGCCAUCAACGCCAGCACCACCUGUAACUCCUCAACAAAAGAUAGCCUAUAUACCGAAAACACGUAAUGUAGAUACUUACGGUGGAGUAGAUCUGAAGUAUUUUGACAAGUUCGAAAUAAAGCCCCUAACACCACAUUUGAAUGAAUUGGGUAUAAUUGAUAUUCAAGCGCUUAUCAUGUCACUGAAGUCUGGAUUGAAGAUGGAAGUUACCAAUGCUCUUAAUGUAUUGACCGUUUUAACGACAGAAUCGCAGAUAUUUCACCAUCAUCAUCCACAACAACAGCAGCAAUGUAACCUUCCUUUGAUGCAAUGCGAUGAUUUAUUAGAUGUGUUACUAGACUAUUUAGAGGAGGAUAUUUUAGGUAGCAGUAGUCGAUUUUUAUCCAAGCCUUCAUUGGCAGCAUCGACAUCGACCCCAUCAGCAAAAACAGCAACAGUAGGUACAGUUUUAACCUACAUCGACUUAUUUGAUAUGUCUUUGGACGAAAUGAAGAGUCUGAUUCCACAAUUAGAAAAAUCUACAUCAGAUAUUUGGAUGUCACUUCGUGAAAGAUGUUUAUGCAUAUUUAAUAUUAUUCGCAAUUUGUCUUUUAUGACAGACAAUAUCGAAUAUUUAGCUCGUCAUUCUCGCUUUGUCAGACUACUCUGCGACAUAACGGGUUUCUUAAGCAACAGUUAUGACAGCGACAAUAGUAAUAGUGGGAAAGAUACUACAGGUCGCGAAACAUGGUUUGUGGGUAUACGAUUGAUGGAUACACUUGACUUUCGAAAAAGCGUCUUAAUGAUCUUGUCCAAUAUCUCCAUGUUCCUGACAUUAAAUGAGAAGAAAACAGCAGCUGUCUUGGUGUAUCUAGUGCAUGACUUCUUAAUAAACGGGCCCGACACAUAUUACUCUUUGUUAGCUAUAGAAACAUGGACGAAGCUUACUGUCAACUAUGAGAAUCGACAACUAUUACAUACACUUAUCGAAAAGCAAGAUGAAGAAAAAGAGAAUGAAAGGAUGUUGACUUUAAUCGAAGAUAUAUGGCUUGAACUUACUUCUGUGAUAAGACGCGACUUUUUCUCCUCCGACGGACGCGUGAUGCAUGCUAUGACAUCCAACCAACUAGCGACACUAGAGCUUAUUGUGAUGGGGCUUUACAACAUUGUUGCCAUCAUUCAAUUAUCUGAUACCAUACGACAGAGGUUCUUAGAAAAUAAUAAGGGAAUGGGAAUGAUGAUAAUGCGACUAUGCAUUACUUUGGCAGAAUCAGGCAAUCCUCAGUUCAGUUUAGUAACAAAACAUGGUAUGGAAUUAAUUCGCGCACUUAUUUGCGGUGGUGAUGGUAUUUAUAAGCGUCCAAGUCAACGCUCGCAAAAUGCACAACAACAUAGACCGCUGGCUGCUCUAUCUCAACAAAGUCUGCAGUAUCACCUAGAUACCAAAAAAGAUGAAAAGGAUCGUUUAACGAUUCAAGAAAUUGGGAACCGAUUAUUAGACGUGUCAGUUCUCCGUGAAAAACUAAUGUUAUCCAUGUUGAAACAUACAACAGACCCAGAAAUAUUACGAGAAUUAUCAGAUAUUGUAGCUUUAAUAGAUGACGAACCUUCUGUAUAA